AUGAAUGCGUCUAGUGGUGUGACGCAGGUAGAUGAGAACACCGUCUUCCGAAUCGGAAGCGCCCCGAAGCUUUGGACUGUAUAUACUUUACUGGCCUCCGCGAGAGAAGUGUCGUUGCAUGAUCCGGUGACGAAGUGGGUUCCUGAACUGCAUGCCUCUACCGCUACUGGGGCAGAUGAUGCGGUUAAUUUCGUGCGUUGGAAGGAUUCCCAACUCUGCGCAAAAACGAUACCCCGCCCUGUGGCGCGACAGCGGCUUGUACUAGAGCUCAAUUCUAACGGCAUAAACCCUUUGGCUCCCACAUCAUAUACCCCUAUCUACCCGAACGCCGCAAUACAGAUUCUAUUCUACGCUUUGGAAGCAAUAACCAACAAAACUUACGACGCUCUUUUGGAGGAAUACCUUUUCGAGCCUCUGGGUCUGAAUGAAGGGUACUAUAGUGUUCCCGCAGAUAACGUGGGAAUCAUUCCCGGGAAUGCGUCGACAAGUCUUUGGGGGGGGUUGAGUGCUGAAGAUGAAACUCCGGCUGGCGGUUUAUACGCCUCAAUAACACCUUUAUUAUCGCCCGAAACAACGCGCCGAUGGCUCAAAUCCAUGACUCACACUGCCUUUCUUCCUUAUUCUGUAGGCGUAUCAUGGGAAAUAUUUUCAUUUGAGAACAGCGACGGCCGGAUAGUAUAUGUGUACAGUAAAUCCGGAGACUUGGGUGCUUAUUCAUCCAUGACCGCUCUUCUACCUGACUACCACGUUGGAAUCACCUUUCUCGCAGCUGGAGAAGGGACUACGGCUCUCGUUGCUACGUUGACGGAUAUUGUUGCCAGUUCAUUGAUUCCAGCGCUGGAGUUAGCAGCGAGAAAGAUAGCUGACAAAGUCUACAUGGGUACCUACAGCGCCCAAGAUAAUACGACGAAAACAAUUCCGUCGUUGGUGAUCACUAUUGACGAUGGCGCAGGUCUCAAAUUAGAGCAAUGGUCAAAGAUUCGGUGGAUAUGUGUCAAGUGGACUAGAUGA